UUUUCCAUUGGCCAAGCGUAUAUCAUUUUUGCAACUGAAAAAUUAAAUGAGACAAAACAUAAUAAAUAUGAUGAUAACAGCGUAAAAAAUAUUGGAAUAGAAUCUUCAUCACGUGACCAGAAUGAAGAAGUUGGAGCUUUUAAGUGGCCGCACGAAGCCAUUCUUCUAUUAAUAGAAGAAUAUAAACUAAAGCAAACAGAUUUUACCAGCGGAAAAAGUUCACAGAGGAAAAUAUGGGCUUCAAUUGCAGAAGAAAUGAAAAAACAUGGGCAUGAUGUAACUGGACCGCAAUGUUUGUCGAAGUUUUCCGGACUCAAACGCACAUACAAAAGUAUAAAAGAUAAUAAUAAAAAAUCAGGAUCAGGAGCAAGAAUGUGGCCAUAUUUCUCUAACAUGGAUGAAUUAUUACAUUCCAAACCAUAUAUGUCACCGUUAACGACUUUGUCUUCAACGGGAAAAAGGACUGAAAAAUCUUCAGAAUUUAAUAGCAUAAGUGAUACAUGUAACGAUGUAGCUGGACCAAGUAGUAGUAGAGUUAACUUGGACGAUGAAAAGCCAGUGCAUAAAAAAUCUCGGCAAAUGUCAACUGUCGAAAAAUAUAUAGAAGAUCUUCGACAAGAAAAAAAAGUUUUAGAAGACGCUAUGGAGAGACGUCACAGAGAAGUGAUGCAGUCACGCGAACAAUUUCUCUUUUUUAUGGAAAAAAUGCUCGAAAUUAUGAGCAAGAAGUAAUUAAAAAAUUCGAAAAUUUAAAAAGUGUGAUGUUUAAAAUAAUUAAUAAUUAUGAAAAAAAGUUUAAAAUAAAAUAGGGGUAAUAAUUAUAAGUAAUAGCGAUAAAAAUUAGAAUAAGUUUUUCAUUGUGUGUUCUAUUUGUGUGAAUUUAUUGAAUAAAUCAAUGUAACUAA